GACUUUUUGAGUUUGCCCACACGCUCCUGGUGCUGCUGAGCUGCUUCAUCGUGUGCCUGGAGGAACCGGACCUGUCUCCAGAGAUGCGAUCGAAGCUGGAUGUGGCCAGCGUGAUAUUCACCAUCUUCUUUGUCCUUGAGAUCCUGGUCAAGGUCAUUGGAGAUGGGUUAGUGUGUGGAGCCUUGCCCUACCUGCAGUCCCCCUGGAACAUCUUUAACGUCUUCCUGGUGGUGGUCUCCCUGGUGGAUAAUAUUGUGUAUGAUGACGUUUCCAUACAGGCCGAGAAUCCUGACGACGUUAAAGAUUCUCCAGCUGUUCCGGGUGCUGAGGAUGAUGACUGAGUCCAUAAUGAUGAACACGGUGUUAGAGCCCCUGACAGAUGCUGUUUCUGGCUCCAUCACACAUGUGAGUGCUGUGACACUCAUCAUCGUGUUUUUCUACAGCAUCCUGGGUGUUCAGCUGUUUAGAGGGUCCUUAUACGGCUGUGAAGGAAGCAAUUUGACUAACAUCAGGACCAAGGCCGACUGCCUGAUCGCUGGCUAUUGGUGGAGCGGUAAGCUGUAUGACUUCAACAGCGUGGUGCUUGGAAUGUGGACUUUGUUCAUCAUGUUCACCGGGAGCUGGGCAAAUACCAUGUACGACGGCAUAAAUUCUGUCGGAGUUGAUCAACAGCCGGUGCUGAACAACAAGCCCUGGGCAGCCUUCUACUUUGUCUUCUUCAUGUGGCUGAGCUUCUUUCUGGCGGACAUGUUCAUCGGAGCGGCUGCAGAGGGUCAGCAGUACUUCCUGGUUCGUCGGAGGGAGCAGCUGUGGUCCCUGCCCAGAAUCGGGACACGCCGGACGAGGUUCACGCUGCUGCAGAUGAGGGCACAAGCAAUUCUGUUUGACCCUCGCUACAAAACUGCGAUAAACCUGUCCACCUUCUUCAGCUUGGUGCUGAUGGGUGUGGAUAUGAGGCAUCAGACCACGUCUGUCGGCGUCGUGGUGAUCCUCUGCCAGGUCAUCUUCACCGGCUUCCUGACCAGUGAGAUUUUCAUCACACUGGUUGGGUAUGGCUUCAGGAGAUUCCUGUCCAACAAGUUGCUCUAUGGUUAUUUUUUCAUCACAUUGAUCAUGGGCAUCAACCUGUCCUUGGACGUGAUGCAGCUGGCGGACUCGAUGACCUUCAGCCCAACAGCCUUGAGGGUUUUUCGGAUCCUCCGCUACUCACAAGCUCUGAGGAUGAAGAUGGUGAGGAAGUUUGCUCUGAUCCUCUUUAAGAGCCUGCAAUGGAUCUUCCCCCUCUGUGUCUUGCUGGUGUUCGUCCUCGUGGUGUACGCCAAUGUUGGGGUGGAUGCGUUCAGCACUUUGGGACCAUGCAGACCCGGAGACGACUCGUGCUCUUCCGUUUGGAUCUCAUUGCUUUAUUCGGUUUCGUUUGUCAUCAUCUCCCAGCUCAUCCUCUGGAACAUGAUGCCAGCAUUCAUCGUAGAGGCCGUGGAGCAGAACUUGGAGAUAAGAUACGAAGAACAGCUGAAGGAGGAUGAGCGGGAGUGGGAUCUGGAGGACCAGCAGAGGAGAGUUGCAGCAGCAUUAGCAGCAGCAGGGUCCGUGAGCAGGAGCAGAAGUACCAGCAGUGGGAGCAGCAGCAGCAGAUACAGUAUUAGCAGCAGCAGGAGCAAAAGUAGCGGCAGCUGGAGCAGCAGCGGGAGCUGCAGCAGGAACUUGAGUAGUAGCAGAGGGAGCUGCAGCAGGAGAAGCCGCAGCAGCGGGGAGCUGGAGCAGGAGGAGCAGCAGCAGCGGGGAGCUGCAGCAGGAGAAGCAGCAGCAGCGGGGAGCUGGAGCAGGAGGAGCAGCAGCGAGAGCUGCAGCAGGUGCAGGAGGAGCAAGAGUCGGAAUAGACGGACAGCAGUACUCCUCCGACAAAAACGUUGAAGUUUCAGGACAUUUUAUAAGUUUUCCAGGUUUUUGUUGUUGUUUUUGUUUGGAGUUAAAAAGUUUUCCAGUUUGUUUAUUCGUUUGGUGUUAAAAAUUAAAGUUCACAGUUACCUACUGAAACAGCUCUAGUGGUCUUUUAGGGAAACAUUCUUUUGUUUGACACGCUGAGCGGUCUGUCAGUGCCAGAGACCUCUGCUCCCUGUUCACAGGUUACUGAAAUGCUGCCGCUGGCCUUCUGACUUUCACUAAACGGUGUUAAUUCAUGUGUUAUUUCAUUAUAAAAUCACUCUCUAGACAUCAAUAUGGGAUUGAACAAACAUGUUGUCAGGUUUUUAGGAUUUAAGGUCUCCACAGGUGUGAUAAUGUGGGUCAGAACAGAUUUCACUGGAAUCCUAUUUUAUCAGCUGAGUGUUUAAUCUGAAAAACAUCAGGAGUUCUGCAUCUUCUUUGGAAUUAGCAAACAAGAUCUUACUGACUCUAAGAAGUACUUGUUAGUCACCAUUUUAUUCAUUAAAUCCUGUCCUAAUAAGGAUUUAGAUGAUUAGAUCAAACAGGUCUGUUCAGUGGUUUUGAACCAACGUUCACUCAAACUGCCUCUGCACACACCGGUUGGUUAGCAGGUCAGUUAGUGAGCCUGGAUUUGAGUAGCAACCACAUCGAAUCUCAAUUUUUAUCUCAAAAUGUACCCUGCAUUAACAAAAAACCCGCUUGAGUUUCUUCGCUUCUUAACCCUCUGCACUGAUGGGAGGAGACGAGAGGAUGUGAGCGUUGUUUCUGCACGAGGUUAAAGGCCAUGUUCCACCCCUCUGACAGGUUUUAGGCCGUUCCUCUUGCUGUAUGCAGCUCUGCCUGACUCAUUUAAUAAGGUUUUGUUGCUGUAGGUGUUCAAUACAUUCAAUAUAAAGCUGUUCUCACACACCCACAGAAGGCUCCUUUGGAAGUCACAAACAUUUAGCAAAGAGAAAUUUCUUUUAUGUGUGUGGAGGACAGCUUUUAUGAGAUCACAUCUGAGGCGCUGCUGGUCACUCAGCAGCUGAUCAAACUGAGGAGACCUCAGGAACCGACAGCCGUGUCUGCAGCGUUUGGCCUAAAGCCGUAUGUCAAAGAGGUGCAUUGGCCCCGGCCGGGGAAGUUUCUGCAGGAGUUUAAAACUAAUUCUCUUCGACAAUUCUUGAUUUAUGUUUCCAGGAAACUGCUUUGCUUCACCUUAUUGCUUUAAUGUGUGUUGGUUUCAUAAACGGGUUUGUCAGAACCUGUGAGUUGAGAAGGAGUCGGGUUCCUUCAGAAAAUCUAUUAAAGCAAAGGAAUAUUUUGUUCUUGCAGACUUUUAUUUGUUCUUGUUUUCAUCCUUCCAUGUGUUCGCUUUGGAUCAGCUGUUGCUUGAGUCCAGAUGUGUUUUAUUUGGUCACCUGUUCUCCAUAAAACUCUUCCUGAAGGUGUUUUCGUAACGGUGAAGAGGCUCAAAGCAGCAGACAUCAACCAGGAAUUGAAGGAAAGAGCCAUUUUCUGUAUAGGUCACCUGUUGUGUCACCUUGGAGACCACUUGGGAUCGGAGCUUCAGGGGGUCCCCGUUAAAGCUUCAGCACACAGAUUUGUCAACAAAAGACAAACUAGAGAUGUGAAAAUAACUUCCCUUCCUCUUCAGGCUGACCUGUCUCUGCACAAACAACAGUCAGGACCCGUUCCCCGACCCAAAGGUGCAGGGAAGCUACCCUCUCGUCCCCCGGGGUAAACCCCAACACAGGCAGAGAGUCUUGGGGCUAACAAAAAGUCACCCCCAGCCCUCCGCCUCUCACCUGGAGAAACUCCAGCAAAGGAGAGUGUCCAACCCCUCUCAAGGACUUGGGUUCCAGAGCCACUGCUAUGUGUUGAGGUGAGUCCGACUAUAUCUAGCCGGUACCGCUCAACUUCUGCCACAAGCUUCUGCUCCUUCCCCGCCAGCGAGGUGACGUUCCAUGUCCCAAAAACCAGUUUCCUUGUCCGGGGAUCGGACCGCCAAGGCUCCCGCCUUGGUCUACCACCCGAUCCACAUUGCACCGAACCCUUCAUGUUCCUCCUGUGGGUGGUGGGUCCACAAUUGGAUGAACCCAUGUAUCCGGUUCGGAUACUUGAUACUAAAAAAUAAACAAACAAUGUAAAAUGGUGCCCUGUAUUGAAUGUAAUUGUCGUAUAAAUGUAAAUAAACAAUUCUCCAGCGAUUUGAUUUUUUUCACCUUCCUUUCUUUAGUCCACUUGACAUGGAGCCACAGUUAGUUUGGGGCACAUUUUUACUUGAAAAAUAGUAUUUAAACUGAUCAAGCUUUGGCUUUAAUGACAUUGUGUAGGUACUAUCUAUACAUUACGUUGCUCUAUUUAAAAGUAACAAGAUAAAAGCACUUCAGCACAUAAAAUUAAGAUUGUCACUUGCCAAAUAGAGACUACACCCUCCUGUUUACCUAUAAGAAACGCCUCAAAAUAUCUUUAAAUUCUUUAUUGAUGAUUUAAUUGUAGACAACUAAAAUGGCAUUUUACUUGCCAAAAAGUGAUUGAAUCGCUCAGAU